UAUUUAUUAUUCCUCUAUUGCUCUUCUAUUCUUCACAAUUUUGUUUCAUUAUUCUCACUCUUCUUUGUUCUGAUACGUUGAUUAAUUAAGUUCUAUAAAAAAAGAGAUAAAGAAGAUGAUGCAUAUGACAUUGUAUUGGGGCAAGAAGGUAACACUUCUCUUCGAUUCAUGGAAGACCGAGUCAUGGCUGAGUUACUCAAUGAGUCUACUCGCUUGCCUUGUGGUGGCUGCACUCUACCAGUAUCUCGAGAAUCGAAGGAUUCGCCUGAGACUCGCCGGCGAGAGGAGGCUGCCACCUGUGGCGGCGGCUAUUCAGACACCACUUAUGGGGUGGAAGAUUUCAAGUGAUAAGGCGAAGUUGGGUGGGAAGUUGAUUGGAUCGGUUCUUUUUGGCGUGAAUUCUGGGAUUGGGUACUUGUUAAUGCUUGCUAUUAUGUCCUUCAAUGGUGGGGUUUUUGUGGCCAUUGUUUUGGGUCUCUCAAUUGGGUACUUGUUAUUUAGGAGUGAGGUUUUUGAAGAUGAUGUUGGUGGUGUUGGUGAUAGGACUUGUGCUUGUGCUUAAUUUAUAAUAAUAUAGUCAAACAUAUCAAAUUAUGGAAGGUUUUUCAAAUAUCAACUUCCUAUAGAGAUAAGCAUGCGAGUUUCCAAUUUUUUUUUUAUUCAUUGAGUUUAAUCAAUCACUGUGAUUUGUGAGAUAAGAUACUUUUCUUUUCCUUUAUUGUAUUUUUUGUUGUGCUGAUGUUGAGUUGAUAAAUAAACUGUAUUGUUUGCGAUCAUUUAGAAGUGCUAAUAAGAGUAGCAACAUUUUAGAUUCUGAAUUGUGUUUGUUUAGGGUCUAAUUGCUUUUGUUGUUUUGGAUUUUUGGUUGGACCAUAUAUUGAG